GAAAAAUGCGACACUUAACAGAACUCUCCGACCAUCCAGACCGCAUUUCACAUCCACCAAUAUUUUAAAUAUCAGCCCAAACAAUGGCUUCUGUUCAAAUCAUGUUGAUCUCUGCCUUGCUGGCAUUUACAAAUGCAUACAGAGGUGGCGGUGGUGGUGGUGGCAUGAUGAUGCAAAUGGGCGGCGGUGGAAUGGGUGGUAUGCCAAUGGGUGGAGGUAUGCCAAUGGGUGGAGGUAAAAAUGGAGGCGGCAUGGGAGGAAUGCCGAUGCCCAUGCCCAUGCCUAUGCCAAUGGCUAUGCCAAUGCCAAUGCCGAUGCCUAGUCCAAUGCCAAUGGGAGGAAAAGGAGGUAUGGGCGGUGGUAUGCCAAUGAUGCCAAUGGGUGGUGGUAUGGGAGGUGGUAUGCCAAUGGGCGGCGGUAUGGACGGUGGUAUGAUGAUGCCGAUAUAUGGAGGAAUGGGAGGCGGUAUGCCAAUGGGAGGCAACAAAGGAGGAAUGGGCGGUGGAAUGAUGAUGCCAAUGAAUGGUGGUAUGGGAGGCGGUAUGCCAAUGGGCGGUGGUAUGCCAAUGGGAGGAAGCAAAGGAGGAAUGGGCGGUGGAAUGAUGAUGCCAAUGGGUGGAGGAAUGGGAGGCGGUAUGCCAAUGGGCGGUAGAAAAUAUUAAGCAAUUCCGACCUGAUGACAAGAUUCAAGUUUACCAUGGAUUCUGACGAUGCAUCUAUGAUGGAUGAAAUAAAUUAAUCAUUUGUGAUGUGACUUUUCCAGCGAAUUCUCUAACAGCAGCGACUUUUCUUUACUUCGAUGGACACAUUUAAUUCAACACUCACCAUAUAUAAACCAAAUUUGAAUAUUUGUAAGAUUAAUGACUGUGCAAUCAACAUGUUAUGCAUCAUGUUUAUUAUCGUGACCAUGAUAUUUUACCGAAUGUGCACACACAAAAAGGUCUUAAAUGUGAUCAUUUGUAUACUUGUUAUAUAUUGAUUUAA